UUCGGCCUCGCGCUAAAUAUAUUGGGGGGAAAAAGAAAGCCACACGCCUUUCUAUUUUCUUAUUAUUCUGGGCAUUUCGCUCGUCAUUCUCAACUCUUGCUUCUUUGCAAAGCAUCGAAGCUUUAAGUUUUUUUUUUUUUCAUUUUCUAAAUCAGUUUCGGUCGAUCGGCUGUAGAAUUUCGGAACAAUGAACUCUACCACAUGUCCUGGGAUUAGUCCCAGCGCCAACUUACGUGAUUCCAGUUCUCAUGGCUUGGAUCGUCAACUUUCGGUACCCUGCUUUGGCGCGAGAUAUCUUACACAUGUCCCAGGCCACUCAGGUCGUAAGAAGUCUACAUCUCAAGCAUCCUUGAUUAUGUGUCGUAGCCCAGUUGAUCAAAGAAAUGGUAUGAUGGGGAGAACUCUGUGUUGUGAUCCCUUUAGCAGGAGAAACAUAGGUCGGACAUUUUGUUCUGUGGGUACAUGCACAUAUGAUGGCCCUGCUUUAGAAUCACCCUCCCAGGUUAUAGAAGAAAACGUUGGGGUGCUGCUUCUUAAUCUUGGAGGACCAGAGACACUGAAUGAUGUUCAACCUUUUCUGUUCAAUCUUUUUGCUGACCCUGAUAUCAUUCGUCUCCCAAGGUUGUUCAGGUUCCUACAACGACCAUUGGCUAAAUUGAUUUCUGUGCUUCGGGCACCUAAAUCCAAGGAGGGAUAUGCUUCUAUUGGAGGUGGCUCCCCUUUACGAAAAAUUACAGACAAACAGGCACAUGCACUUAAAAUGGCUUUAGAAGCAAAGGGCCUUUCUGCUAAUGUUUAUGUUGGAAUGCGGUACUGGUAUCCAUUCACUGAAGAAGCUAUUCAGCAAAUUAAGAGGGAUGGGAUAACAAAGCUUGUGGUGCUGCCUCUCUAUCCCCAAUUUUCUAUUUCGACAACUGGAUCAAGUAUCCGUGUUCUCCAACAGGCUUUCAGGGAAGAUAAAUAUUUGUCCAGUCUGCCUGUUUCUAUUAUAAACUCUUGGUAUCAACGCGAAGGAUAUAUUAAGUCAAUGGCAGAUUUAAUUGAGGAAGAGCUUCAGACUUUUUCUGAACCUAAGGAGGUAAUGGUAUUUUUUAGUGCACACGGGGUACCUGUCAGUUAUGUUGAAGAUGCUGGGGAUCCGUAUCGAGAUCAAAUGGAGGAAUGCAUUUUCUUGAUCAUGGAGGAGUUGAAAGCUAGGGGAAUCAAUAAUGAACACACUCUUGCUUAUCAGAGCCGAGUGGGUCCUGUACAGUGGCUGAAGCCAUACACAGAUGAAGUUCUUGUUGAACUUGGCCAGAAAGGUGUCAGGAGUCUGUUGGCGGUUCCUGUAAGCUUUGUGAGUGAGCACAUUGAGACCCUUGAAGAAAUUGAUAUGGAGUACAAGGAUUUGGCUCUUGAAUCUGGGAUCAAGAAUUGGGGGCGUGUUCCUGCCCUCGGUACCAAUCCUUCCUUCAUUAUAGAUCUGGCUGAUGCAGUAAUAGAAGCUCUCCCUUCAGCCACAGCCAUGUAUUCACCAACUAGCUCCUCUGAAGUCGUUGAACAUGAUGAUCUUGUAAGAUAUAUAAUCAAAAUGGUCUUCGGCUCAAUCUUAGCAUUCAUCCUGCUUUUGUCGCCCAAAAUGAUUACGGCAUUCAGAAAUAAUUUCAUCUGAAAGAAUUAGAAGCUGCCUGCUGACUUUGAUGACGCUGACGGUGGAUAGUUGAGGCUUUUAUCAACAGAUUAUGGAUAUACGUGUUUUUGGCAAUUCCUUUGAUCGUCCGGUGUAGACAUCGCAAAUGAUGAAGCUAAACCUUGUCAGUAGUUUUGGUGCCUUCCUUUUUUGUUUAGUUUCCUCCUUUGUAUAGUUUUCCGAGUGAUACAGUUUACUUACCUUUCUUCUGAUUUUUUUUGUGAGCAUCGAACUUCAUUAUGAUUUGUCGAAUAAGAGUUAAUUUUUGGACGUGCCCGUCUA